CCCUCUGCUCUGCUCGCUCCAUCCCACGGAGAGGAGUUGAUGCUGCUGUCGCCGCCGCCGCCGCCGCCGCCGAAGCCGGGGCUGAUGGAUGCCAGGGAGUGCCGCAUUGCUUAGCGUCCCCGCCUCCGGGUUUGCUGACGCUCUCUCCCCGCCCUGGAGCUCAGCGCUGAAGAGCCACCUUAUUAUUAAUCAGAAUUCCCAUCGUUAUCCCUGGCAGGCGCAUCCUUCAGUAGGGACCGCAGAAGCAUCACAGAGCUGGGGCUGAGAUGUGCGUGGGGGUUGUUUUUGUUACAUCUUGGAAGAGAAGAGGACAGUACCAAGAUAAGUGCCAAGCGUGCUGGGUGGGCUUAGGGGCGUUUUGUUAGGAUUGAGGAAGGACAGGGAGUGUUGGGCCUGCCAGAGGUCCACAUCUCUUUAAAGGAAAGCGAAGAAGGAACCAAAGUGAGGUGUUGUUUUUAAGGGGUGGGAAAAGAAGUUUAUACCCCCCCAGAAAAAAAGCUGCGGGAAAGCAGGAGCAACAGGGUACUAGUCUGGACACCAAGACAAAUAAUUUCCUGUACAGAAGAGGAAGCAGGCAGCAGUGAGGUCCGCCAGAACGUUGUGGUGGCCAAGGCCAGUUUGUUGUGGGACAGUCAGCAAGAGGAAGGGAAGGUUCAGGAAUAAGCAGAACAAUGACUCAUUUACAAGCUGGUCUCUCUCCUGAGACCCUGGAAAAAGCUCGCUUGGAGCUCAACGAGAACCCAGACACACUGCACCAGGACAUCCAGGAGGUGAGGGAUAUGGUCAUCACCAGGCCGGACAUUGGCUUUCUGCGCACAGAUGAUGCCUUCAUCUUACGCUUCUUGCGGGCCAGGAAGUUUCAUCACUUUGAGGCCUUCCGCCUCCUGGCCCAGUACUUUGAGUACCGGCAGCAGAACCUGGACAUGUUCAAAAGCUUCAAGGCCACUGACCCUGGCAUCAAGCAGGCACUGAAGGAUGGCUUCCCUGGGGGCCUGGCCAAUCUGGACCACUAUGGCAGGAAGAUUCUAGUCCUUUUUGCAGCCAACUGGGAUCAGAGCAGGUACACACUGGUGGACAUUUUGCGUGCCAUCUUACUUUCCUUAGAAGCCAUGAUUGAAGAUCCUGAGCUUCAAGUGAAUGGAUUUGUUUUGAUCAUAGACUGGAGUAACUUCACCUUCAAGCAAGCCUCCAAGCUUACACCAAGCAUGCUGCGAUUGGCUAUUGAGGGCCUUCAGGAUAGUUUCCCAGCGCGAUUUGGAGGAAUUCAUUUUGUCAAUCAACCAUGGUAUAUCCACGCCCUGUACACCGUGAUCCGGCCGUUUCUAAAGGAGAAGACUCGGAAAAGGAUAUUUUUGCAUGGUAACAACCUGAACAGUCUACACCAACUAAUUCAUCCUGAGAUCUUGCCUUCUGAGUUUGGAGGGAUGCUGCCCCCUUAUGACAUGGGAACAUGGGCAAGAACACUGCUAGACCACGAGUAUGACGAUGACAGUGAAUACAACGUAGACUCCUACAGCAUGCCUGUGAAGGAGGUGGAAAAGGAACUCUCCCCCAAGUCCAUGAAGAGAUCCCAAUCGGUAGUGGAUCCUACAGUAUUAAAACGCAUGGAUAAAAAUGAGGAAGAAAACAUGCAACCUUUGCUCUCUCUGGACUGAUAACUUCUCUGCACUCCCCAUGGAUUAGAAACGGAAGGUACUGUUUUCAGCAACAGGGACAGCACUGUGGAGGAAUGACCAGCUGGAAACUUAUUUAUUCAUGUUAAUGUAGCAUAAUAUAAAAUAAGGCAUUGGGCUUUCCCAUUCGCUUGAACCAUGGGUGCCCUGGUCUGGAGUUAAAGAAAAAAGUCAAUAAUUUAUUCUGUAAGUGCCAAGUUCUUUGUAAAUAUAACAUAAUCUUCACAUCAAGUUUGUAAACUUUGGUAGUAACUGAAAUUGGAAAAGAUUGGCUCAUGAGUCCAUGCCAGUGAUAUGAACUAUAACAAAAAACAGAAAAGACACAUACACAAUGGAAGCUAAUUAAAUGUAGCCCUGUUUCCUAUGAAGCCAUAUUUCAGCUCUCAUAGUGAUUGUUUCAAUGUUUUUCUCUGAAAUUGUCAUAUUCCAAUGUACUUUUAAUGGACACAGGUAACUAGAUGAUUCUAGGAAAUGAGUAUGAUAAAUGUAUUUUCCUGUCUAGUGAUUUUCAUUUCACAGAAAAUGUGUCCUAGUGACUAUCACUGGCCUUGAAUUUUGGAGAUGAGGAAUGGCAGAGGAGCUGGUAAACUAAACACUUGAACUCUUUUAUGUUGUUUAAUUCCCGGAGUCUUGUGAAAAGAUAUGUUUUCCAAAUUAAGAUGUGGAAUUCUGAAAGAGAGUGGAUUUUUUUUAAACUGCUGUUUUCACAUUGUGUCUUUAAUUUGAGAUUCCCUUGUAUCCAUAUCUGAUGUACUUUAAGAACAAUUUCCCCAAAAAACUCUUUGACCAAGAGAAAGAGAACUCAUACGUGAAUAGUGUUUUGACAACUAAUUUUGGAUGUAAAUUUGCCGUGUACAGAUAAGGGGCUAAUUUCUAAUUCUUGUGCACUGGUUGGAAAUAUAUAUAUAUAUAUAUAUAUAUAUAUAUAUAUAUUCACAUGCACUCAUAUAUUUUUAUUGAGCUCUAAUAAAUCCUUGAUGUGACAGGCUUAUAAAAUAAAUCAUACAUAUUCAAUGGUCUUAGAGAUGUUAUAAAUGAUUACAUGAAAUGCUAACUCUGGAAAACUACUUCCACUAAAGUUAAUGAAAAUGAUAUAUAGUGAAACAGACUUUUAGUGAACUUGUUUUAAGGAAAUUCUAAUUUAAUUUGUAAUGCAAUCUUGAAUCUGUGCCAUUUUAGUGGAAUAUAUUUUUCCUUCACAAAACAACAGGUCUCAACAUAAUGUAGGCAGUAUCAGGUGACCAAGAGUAAUAAAAUUUCUCUCAAAUUCAAGUUAAUUAUCUUAAUGAUCCUAUAACUACAGAUUUUCUUUUCAGAAAAGAUUGAAAGAACAUAUUGCAUCCAUAAGACAUAAUGAAAGCAUCUGAGGGCAUCUGAGAUAGCAUAUUAUAGUUUAAAUCUAGUCGUGGAAUCCUUAUGUUAUUUAGUUUUAUUUCAUAAAAAUUCUGUAAUUAUAACACAUUUUAAAAAUCUUACUUUAAAUUUCAAAUUCCAGUGAGAAAAAGCAAGAUUUUUACCACCUUUCAGGGUGGUAAUUUUUGAGAUUGAAAAUUUACCACUAAAAUAUUCUUUUGAACAAAAAAUAUCUCAAGGAACUCUUGGAAACCAACUGAAAUAAAGGCAUGGAGCAGUCUUCAUAUUGUUUUUAGCUGAAAGCUUCAAAAAUUCCACUUACAAUUCUAUCCCAAAAUCUUAAAAUCCAGAUCAGUACACCAAUCUGCAGUAUCACAAAUGGACUAUCCAGUGUUUGUAAAAAUACAUAAAUAUACAUAAAUAAUAUGAUUGAAAUACACCUUAAAAAUGCCAACCUCAAAUCAAGUCUGGAAGAAUAAAAACUGUCAGGUCCUCUGCUCUACCCAUAAAUAUUAUAGAGAUUGGAAUGAAUUGUGGCUAAAAAGCCACAGCAACUCUUAUCUUUGUAAGAACCUAACCACAGGAUUCUUAUAUUUUUGCCUACCUGACAUACAUUUUAUAGUGUUGGACCUUAUAUACUAUAGAAGCAAGUGUUAGCAAGAUGAAGCAUUAGGAUAAAAUAGAAACAAAGUACAGAAGGAUGGUCAAGUUUUCAUUCUCUUGUGUUUCUCUUGAUAUACACUGUUUAUUGCCAGUUGUUAGAAUUCUGCCGGCUUCAGAUGUCAACUCGCGUAGCCAGCUUCUUUCCCCUCUCAUAAGGCUAGUGUCAUAUAUAAGAAAUAACCAGAAGGGCAUAUUGUACGUGUAUUAUACCUAUCUAAUUAUAAGUAUGAUUCCCCCUCUCCCCCUUACCCAGCAUUGGAAACUGCACCCUAUUGCUGCGCGUCUGCUCUUCUUCAAAUGAGCAAUUGAGAGUUGGCUGCAUUGUGUAAAAUAUGUUUAAAUGAAUGAACAAAUUACAACAAUGAUGCCUUUUGAAAUUGCUUUAUCUAGUUCAAUCGGUGAGUAAACUCAUUGUCCAGGAAUGUUUUGGGAGCUGCUUAGUCAAGGGAUAUUUGGUCAACUUUAUAAAUUUUCCUUUCAGCAUCUGCUAACUAGCACCAUUUAGGGAUUUUUUUCCCUUAAUGUAAUUUCCUGUAGUGUAGCUACGUCUGUUGUCACAUAACUUAGUAAAUAAGCACUCCUAUAUGUCAAUUUAAUUGUGAUCGUGCUCUCUCUCUCUUUUGUGCGUGCGUAUGUGCACACACACACACACACACACACACACACACGGCUGUUGGCCCUAAUGAAUUUGCCUAUUUUGAAAUCUAUGCUUUCCUUUCGUAGCUUUUCUUGUUACCGAACAUAUGUAGACAUCAAAGGAUUCCCGCGUUUGGCUUGGAGCAGGCCAGUAGUUCCUGCUUCUAUCACCCUGCCUGUUCCGUCAGCUCUUUCUUAUAUCCUUUCUUUCUUCCAUUGUUUCAGGGGCAGCUGCUUCCAAAGCUGGUUUAAAAAUAAAUAACUUUCCUUUUAUUGUCAGUGAUAUCUGCACACAUUUUUGCCUGAUAGCGUAGAAGGAAGAGAUUAUCAUGAAAAUACACUCUAGGAAAUAUGAAGAAGUGCCUCUUUAAAAAUAAGAUAAAGCAGUGAUACUAGAAUAUGGAUUCUAUUUGUAGUCUCUUCUGAAAAGUAAAUACAUGCAUCUAGAUCAUAAGGGUGAAAUAUCAUUUGAAGAAGGGUAGUUGAGGCCUUGCUUUGAACAUUCCCAUACAGCAUUAAGUCUUUAUUGUGUCAGUUCAAUACCAUAACUCGAACACAUUAUUUACAAAUCUGGCAUUACGCUAAAACAAUAUACGAGUCUUUGCAAGGAAGUUUUUGAAGUGGGUACACGUGAUUUCUUUUAUUUCAAUAAUAGUUUGCAUAGUGUAGGCAGACAUUCCUUAAGUCUUUUCACAGAAAAUGCUUGUUUACUUUACAGGACUGAAAAUUCAUACAUUCAUAAGCAGGAAAGCCAAGCAGCUAGUUUCUCUUUAAUAUUGUUAACUAGGUCACAUUGUUAAAUUAAACAUUUGAAGUUUCUGUAAUAUUCCUGAAGGAACAGAGGUCCCUCUAAUGCAUCAAGAAAAUGGAGCACUAUUUUAGACCUCGGGGAACAUGUUUAUCACUCACAAAAAGAAACCCUUAGAGCCACGACAGUUAUCUUCAGAAACUGACUUCCUUUCCUUCUCCAAACAACCUAAAGGUUUGUGGAUAUAUCUAUGAUUAUUUAGAGAAAUUAUAUCAAGAAAACCUGCUGUGAGGCUAUGUACUCUUCCAAUGUUUUAUCUAAAUGUCUAACUGGCCUGGUUAAUAUCUUUUUUGAUUAUUUUGUGCGUAUUUAUUAGUGGUUACUUGAAAAGUUGCCAUCAGCCAUGAGGACUUUUUAGAAUGAUUUUCAACGCACAAAAUAUAAGGAGGAGAGCUCUGGCAUGAUAUUUGAAUUUUCAGAUAUAGUAUCCACAUUUUUACACAAAAAAGCUCAUAGGCAUAUAUUCCAUUUAAAUAUGCUACAUAGAUAUAUGGCCUAAAAAAUAAUGGUGCAUUUUAAAUUUAUGAGGCCAUUAGAUCAUGUAAGAAUCAGCAAGUUGUAUGAAAUAUAUCGGCACAAAAAUAGAAGAUUGAGUAAAUAUUCAGGACAUAUAAUUAUCUUCAGUAGUGAAAAGGAUUUGUUUUCUUCUUUGUUUUAUUUGGAAAAAAACUAAUUUUCAGUAAGCAAUUGGAACUAUUUAGCACUACUUAGUAUUUAAAAAGGUGAAAAUUAGUAAAAACACAAAAGGAAGCUUGACUUUGAAGCAUAUAUCAUGAUCUUAAUGGCUUAGAGAACAUAAUUUUUCACAAAUUCAAGUUUGGUAAACAUCCAUAGGUUAAGCCCACACAUGGAGAUACUGUUAUGGAGUUUAUUCUGUGAUAAGUGUGGAAAUUUAUUCCUUUGGAUUGUGGGGAAAAAAUGUACAAGAGCAAUUCUGUGGAUUGAAAUAGCCAAAUGGUACUGUUUUUCAAAGAUGGAGGAUGAAAUGAUACUGUUGAAAUUAAAACAAAAAAAUAAGCAUAGAUUACACACUUUUAUAGUAGAUAGUGGACAUUGUUACAAUGAAGAAGGUGUUUGGUCAAUAUUGGAGUUAGUUUCAAGUUUUGAUACAAAAAUCUGUGUCCUUAAUGAUAUCAAUAUCAAUGCAUUUAUUCUGUCAAAAUUCUUUUUGUGGUGAAUGAGAGGGACCUAGAUGAAAAUCGAAAUCAAUGUUAAUGGAACUUUGAAGAGCGAACCAAUCUGCAAUAAUUUUAAAAAAUUGCAAUGGACAAUAACUGGUUUACAUACAAGAGAGAUUCAAAGCAUUGUCUUUUUUUUUUUUUUUUAAGAUUUUAUUUAUUUAUUUGACAGAGAGAGACAGCCAGCGAGAGAGGGAACACAAGCCGGGGGAGUGGGAGAGGAAGAAGCAGGCUCCCAGUGGAAGAGCCUGAUGUGGGGCUGGAUCCCAUAACGCCAGGAUCAUGCCCUGAGCCGAAGGCAGACGCUUAACGACUGAGCCACCCAGGCGCCCCUCAAAGCAUUGUCUUAUUCCUAAUCCAGUUUUCAGUUUUCAAGCUUAUUUCAGAAGAAAAAUAAAAUUCCAAAACCAAGUAGUUUUUGUUUUCAAAACAGUUCAGAAAAAAACAAGAUGUCUAAGAGGUAAUUAUACAAGUCCUUGAUAAGAACACUAAGCACACUGGUUCCUAUUUGAGGAAGCUAUUUAUCCCAAUACAAUAGUAUAAUUGGUAUGAUAUAAUUUUUGAAUAUAUAUACAUUUCUGCUUUUAAAAAAGCAUUCAUUUUGCAUAUGGUGAACGUUGAAUUUGGUAGUAUUGGCUCUGUUGCACCUAUGAAAUGUAAAUUUCUAAAAUGUCAUCUAAAAUGGACAAUAACUUUAUUUUUUAAAGAAAUUUUAGUUAGCUAUUUAGGUUAAAAUAUCUGAGAUUUUCUGACACUUCUAUGUUUGAAGAUUUAAAGGGGAAACAGAAUUCAUUCAAUCAAUAUGUCAUUUUUAGUAUUCUAUAACUUUCAGACAAGAUUUCAAAGGAUAGCUUGAAUGAAGCAAAUCAACAUUUAUGUUGCAUAUAACAAUAGGAAUGAUCAGUAUAGUAACAUUUCAGUCUUUGUGUAAAGAGUGGCAUUAAAAAAAUUAAAGUUAUGGCAUUAGACAUAAAUUCAAAAUUAUAAAAAAAUUGAUUUAAAUAAGUUCUAUUAAAAAUACCCCAUUUCAAAAUGUUAAAUAAAAUAAAAUUAUUCAGUCUGGCUUGAAAAAAAUAAUAAAUACACAUUUGUAUCUUCUGUGAUUUACCCGCAUUUAACCUACCUAUAGAUGAAAAGUCAUCUAAUGAGAGAAAAGAGACAUUUACCUAGAACCCUCUUCAGUACACUUUAUGAUUUUCUCUGGCUCAAAUGCAGAUGACUUCCCUGCAUACAGCUUUUGAGGUUAUCAAGAAUCAUUAUUGCUGCCUCUUUGUGAUGCCAUGUCAGGAGGAGGCCAUGUUUCUAGCAGCUACUGGAGAAGCACCUUGAUUGGGAAUAAACCAGGUCUACCAAAGCAUGCAUAAAAAGCCAGAGAUAUGGAAUUCUCCUCACUAAAAAGUGCAUUCAAGUGUAUUAAAGUGUACAUGCAGAAAAUGAUUUCAAAUGCCAAGGGUUUCUGAUAACAAGAGUUAAAUACUUGACCAAUAAAAAGAGUCCAUGAGGACACAAUGGUCAGGGCUCUGAUGUGUAUUCUGUCAUCACACAGCAACAACAUCAGAAACCCUGUCUCUGGCUAUCACUUCUCUCUGAAAAUAAAAAUGGCUAUGCUCUCUUCUUCCCCCUUUUUUCUUUUUCUUUUUUUUUUUUUCCCAAAGAUUUUAUUUAUUUAUUCAACAGAGAUAGAGACAGCCAGCUAGA